CACAGCCGCUUGCGGCGCUGUCCGCGGUCGGCAGCAGGACCCAUUCCCGAGCUGAGGUUUUUGGAAUUGCGCAUCCACCAGUGGCUGAGCGCCUUAGCACAACCCACCGGAGCCAGAACCUGCACGCGGUUCUGUGAGAGCAGGUGGUGAUGCUGGUACCGCACAGCGAUGGCGAGCGUAGCACCCGGGCCCAGUGGAAGCUGCGCUCUGCCUGUGACUGAAAUGGCCGCGGUCUGGCCCCGCCUCACCAGCUACUAAGUGGCAGCACUGGAGCUUCGCCCCACUUCUCCAGGGGUGUCCGUACCCCUGCCGUCAUCCCUCGGGGUGUCCACGGAAAACACUAGUAGAUGGACUGUGCUUUGUUUUUGUUUUUUCCAAAUGACGUCAGGUUCACCUGUGAAAGUGCUGUCCGGCCGGUCAUGAGCAGUGACUAAUAGGCCUUCCUAGCCGUUCCCCCUCCCGCCGCACGGGUCCUUGCCUUCAGCCAGUGGCCAGUGCCGCAGAGCUAAUAGGUGGGCUUCCUAAGGUGACAUGACCCCACCUGCGUCUUCCUCAGUUCGCUCUGCUGGUUAGUGACGCUCUGAGACACUGCAGGUGACUUGCGCACCCACUUACAGCCUGGUUGAGGAAGGCGCUGAUGACAGCCCGGGGGCAGCCGGGCCUCCGAGCACUGCCCCCGUGGCCCUGCCAUGUGGGAGGGCCGUUCUUCCAUCUCAGCUGACCUGUGGGUGCCGGAGAGGAAGGCACUGCUGCUGCGGUGUCAUCUCCAGCUGGAGGGACCCAGUCACUGCCAAGCAAACGUGAUGUCUCAUGUCUUCCUUUCCUUCCCCAGCUUUGCCUUCUCGAACUUCUACCCUUUUCCGAGACGGCUGGCAAGAGGAGAACGGACUAGAUUCCAACGCCAGGGGGCUGGGUCCAGGUCCCUGGCAUUUUGACUGUUCCUGUGCGUAGUGGCUUGUUCGGCAGUUGCAGAAAGGAUCUGUUCCACCAGGUCCCUGAGCACUGGCUGGCACAGCUGCUGCGUCCUUCCCGUGACCCAUUUCGGUUGCUGCACUGACAGCUUUCCCUAGAGAGAUGAUGCCGAUCAAGCGCUUUUACUGCGGCAGAGCCAAGAAGUGCUGGGUCCCAGACCUGUAUGACCUAGACAGUGACUUGGCUCAGUACCCAGAUGACAUCGUAGGAGGAAGUCCGACUGACUCUGAAUUUUCUCAUCAGAGGUUUCGGAAUUUCCUCUACGUGGAAUUUGUCGGGCCUCAGAAGACCCUGCUCAGACUCCGAAACCUCUGCCUGGACUGGUUGCAGCCGGAGAUUCACAGCAAGGAGGAGAUCAUCGACCUCUUGGUCCUUGAGCAGUACCUGAACAUCCUUCCCGAGAGGGUCAGGCUCUGGGUGCAGGCCCGGCGGCCGCAGACCUGUGAGAAGCUCGUGGACCUGCUGGAGAUGUACCUCGAGGUGUACGGACCCGAAGACGGGGGCAGCGUGCAGAUUGAAGGCAGAUUGAACCGCAAUGGAGUAAACAACCCCCUCGCACGCGCCCUCUAUUUCCACAGAGACCGGGACCGGGAUUGGGACCAGGACUGGGAUCGAGACCGAACCUGGGACCGGGCCUGGGACCGGGCCUGGGACAGGGCCUGGGACCGAGCCUGGGACCGGGGCCGGGCUUGGGAGCGAGCCCGUAUGCGGGAGCGGGAGCGGAGGGCCAGAAGCAGGGACCUGUCCUUGCGAGAGCGCUGGCCGUAUGGCAGGAUUUCCAGAAGCAGGUUCCCUCCCCGGGAUCUUUCCCUUCCUGCUUCGAUGGAGAGAACAUUUUCGAUGGAAAGAGGGCGCCGCCGUCGGAGCUUGCUGAUGCAGUACGAGUUGCAAUCCCAGGAUACGAUGUCAUACCAGGACAUGGUGAAGCUCACUGAGGACAGGAAGGCGCAGAACUCGAUCAAGGACAACAUGGAGAACUACAGGAAGCUGCUGUUCCUGGGGCUUCAGCUUGCCGAAGAUGAUGGCCACUCCCACAUGACACAAGGCCAUUCACGGUCAAAGAGAAGUGCCUACCCAAGCACCAGUCGAGGUCUGAGAACCAUGCCUGAAGCCAAAAAGUCAACCCAUCGCCGGGGGAUCUGUGAAGAGGAGGCUUCACAUGGAGCGAUCAUGGAAAAAUUCAAGGACGUUUUGCGAAACCCCAAAUCCGCAAGAGCGAGAGUACCCAGUGACCGGUUUCCUAGGGUCCCCAGAAGGGCAGACCAUGAUUGGAAAGAAGUGUCCUUAGACAGAGAGUCGGUGAUUCAGGAGAGGGGCUGUGCAGAGAAUGCCUGUCAGGGAGCUUGUAAUUGUAACUCAAACCUUGUUUCCCAAAAGAAAGUUCUUGAGAGAAAAAGGCGCUAUCAGUUUGACACCGAUGGGAAGGGUUCUGCUCACGAUCAGAGGGGCUCUCCCCUGAAGAGACCCUUUGAAGGCAGUGAGAUGAGAAAAGCCAUGAGCAUGAGCAGCCUUAACCCCCCUUCUGCCGAGUCGCAGCCGCUUGAUUUUGCCGCCAUGCCCUAUGUGUGUGAUGAGUGCGGGAGGGCUUUCAGUGUGAUUUCUGAGUUUGUCGAACAUCAGAUCAUGCACACUAGAGAGAAUCUGUAUGAGUAUGGUGAAGCGUUUAUCCGUAGUGUGGCUGUCACUCGGAAAAGUGCGGCUCGAGGGAAAUGCUUUGAGUGUAAGGAGUGUGGGGAAACCUUCGAUAAGACUGCCGAUCUUGCCGAGCAUUGUCAGAUUCACUCUAGAGGCCAUCUCACAGAAUGUAAUGAUGAGGAAUAUGAGGAGCCCUUCAUGCCUAGCCCCACCUUCAGUGAGCUUCAGAAAAUGUAUGGGAAAGAGAAAUUCUAUGAGUGUAAGGUGUGUAAGGAAACCUUCCUUCAUAGUUCUGCUCUGGUUGAACACCAGAAGAAAAUCCAUGGGAGAGAUGACAAAGAUGAUGAAGUCUUCAAGCCCAACCCAGCCUUUAAGGGGCUGCAGAGAAUGCAUGCUAAAGAGAAAAUGUACGAAUGUAAGGUGUGUGGGGAGACCUUCCGCCACAGCUCAUCUCUGAAGGAACAUCAGAAGAUUCACACCAGAGCAAACCUGUUUGAAAACAAGAGCAAAGUGUGUGAGGAAACCUUUAUUCCUGGUCAGCCCGUUAGAAGGCGUCAGAAAUAUUACUUUCAGGAUAAGCUCUUAGGCUUUAAAGAUGGUGGGGGUGCCUUUGGGCAAAACCUCCUAUUCCCCGGUGAGCAUUCCUCAGUUCAUUUUCCGAAGAAUUCCUAUGAAGGCAGGGCGUAUGGGAAGUCUGUCAUUCAUAGCAGGCCCUUUACUGAGUCUCGGAAGAGUCAUACUAUAACAAGACCACCUGAGAAUGAGGACGAGAAGGCAUUCACCAUUAGCUCUAAUCCUGAUGACAACCAGAAGGUUUCCACUGAAGAAAAUGUCCUUGAGAAGAAACCAAAUGAGAGGUCUGUUAUUCAUAGCUUAUCUUUGGCUGAAGUUCAGAAAUGUCACAGUGCCGUGGGGCCCAAUAAACCAAAAGUGAUUGCAGAGUCUACCAUUACAAGCCCAAAUAUUACUGAACAGAAAGUCCAUGCUGGAGAGAAGACCUCUGAAGAAAAGAAGAAUGAGAGGUCCGUUAUCCAUAGCUUACCCGUUUUCAAACUUCCCAAAAAUCCCAGUGGAAACGAAUGGAAUGAGAAGGGAGGAUUCUCAAAUCUUCAUGCUAAGCAACAGAAACCUCCUGCCAGACCCACCCCUAAUGAAGGGGACAAGAGUAACAACUACAAGGACUCUGUUAUACGCCGUGUAUCUGGUACUGAACCUCCAAAAAGUCUUGCUGCAGAGGGAGCCAGUGAGUUUAAGAAGGAUGGCCAAUCGACUGUUUCCAAAUCAGAUGUCACUGAACAUCAGAAGGCUCGUGCUAAGAAGAAAAACAUUGAGCGCAGGAACUGCGAGACUUCAGUAAUUCACUCCCUGCACUUCGGUGAACCUGAAACCUUCCGCCCCAGAGAGAAACUCUAUGAAUGUCCAGAGUGUGGAGAGUCCUUUGUUCGUAGCUCCGACCUCACUGAACAUCAGAAGAUUCACCAUAGAAAGAAGCCUUUUGGAAGCAAAAACUACGAACGAUCUGUUAUUCGCAGCGUAGCCUCCGCUGACCCACAGACAAGUUAUGCUGAACAGCCAGUGCAGGUGAGAUAUGGUCAAGAGCCAGAAGGGAUGACUUGCAUUCAGCAGCCAAAGCAGACCAGUUUUCUUGACAAGCUAGUGGAGAUGAGUUAUGUGAAAGAGCCAGUGCAAGGUUACGGUCAGGAGCCAGUGGGGAUGACCUGCCUUCAACAGCCAGAAGGGAUGACGUGCCUUCAAGAGCCAGAAGAGAUGACCUGCCUUCAACAGCCAGAAGAGAUGACCUGCCUUCAAGAGCCAAUGCAGGAUAGUUUCUUCGAAGACCUAUUGGAGAUGAAUUAUGUUGAGGAGCCAGUGCAGGGUUACGGUCAGGAGCCAGUGGGGAUGAUUUGCAUUCAACAGCCAGCACAGGCAAGUCAUCCUCGCCAGCCAGUAGGAGUGAGUUAUGCUGGACAGCCGGCACAGGCAAGUCAUCCUCGCCAGCCAGUGGGAGUGAGUUAUGCUGGACAGCCGGCACAGGCAAGUUGCGCUCAGCGGCCAACGCCGCAAGAAUGUCAGGACUGUGGGCAAUCCUUUGCAACCAUUGAAGACCUUGGUGCCCAUCAGAAAAUCUACAUUCAAGAGAAGUUCCAUGGAGGUUCUGUUAUUCAGGGUGCAGGCCGUGGCGGGCCUGAGCAGGAAGAGCCUGAGCCAGAGGAGGAGGAGGAGGAGGAAGAUCCUGAGGAUUCAAUCUAUGGAUGUAAGGACUGUGGGCUGGGCUUUGCAGAUCGGGCCGACCUUAAGGACCAUCAGAAAGUUCAUGGCAGAGAGUACCUCGUCGACACUCGUGAGUACACGCAGUCUGUAAUUCACACCCAUUCCAUCAGCGAGUAUCAGAGAGACAACACUGGAGAGCAGCUCUUCGAAUGCCCAGCAUGUGGCGAGUCUUUUGUUCACAGCUCAUUCCUUUUUGAGCAUCAGAAAGUUCAUGAGCAAGACCCAUAUUAUGGCCACAGGAGGUAUGAUGAGCCUUUUAUGAAUCCUUUCAUCAUUAACCCACAGAGGUUCCGUGCCCCACAGGCAAAUCCUACAGGGAUGUAUCUGCAGUGCCACGUGUGUGGCCAAGAUUUCAUUCAUGGCUCUGUCUUUAAUGAGCAUCUGGCACUUCACAUGGGAGAGGGCUCACCGGAGCAGGCCCAGAGGAGCAAUGACACUGUCAAUGCAGGCUUGGCCCUCGCUGAGUUACAGAGAAGCCAGGCCGAAGAGAAGCGCUACGAGUGUGGAACAUGCGGAGAGGCCUUCCUCAGCCAGGCAGACCUGAGGGAGCACAAGAAAAUUCACAAGAAGGAUGAUGAGCCCUACGAUUACGGGGCUUCCUUCGUUCAUACCUCAUUUCUUACCGAACCCCCUAAGGGAGAUUCUCCAUUCUUUGAGUGCAAGGACUGUGGGAAGUCCUUCAUUCAUAACACAGUUCUCACUAAGCACCAGAAGUUCCAUGUUGAAGAGGAAGAAGCAGCAGCCCAGGAAGUCGAAGCCAAUGUUCUUGUUCCACGAGAAGUUCUGCGGAUCCAGGGGUCGAACAUGGAAGCUGCCGAGCCAGAAGUGGAGGCCGCUGAACCGGAAGUAGACGCUGCUGAGCCCAAUGUGGAGGCCGCUGAGCCCAAUGGGGAGGCUGAAGGACCAGAUGGGGAGGCUGCAGAGCCAAAUGGAGAGGCUGAACAGCCCAACGGAGAGGCCGAACAGCCCAACGGGGAUGCUGAUGAACCAGAUGGUGCAGGAAUUGAAGACCCUGAAGAGAGAGAGGAAGAGCUAGAGGGGAAGGCUGAAGAGCCAGAGGGAGACGCCGAUGAGCCAGAUGGUGCAGGGAUCGAAGACCCAGAAGAAGAAGAUGAAGAUGAAGAGAUUCAAGUUGAAGAACCAUACUAUGACUGCAGGGAAUGUGGAGAGACCUUCACUACCACCUCGGCCUAUGGGGAGCACCGGCAGACCCAUGCCAGAGUGAUCAUAUUUGAGUCUGGAAAUGUCCAUGGGGAAGGCUCCCACUACACUGGGCAGGCCAGCACCAGCACUCAGGGCAGCGAUAGGGCUGACGACAAGUACUUCAAAUGUGAUGUCUGCGGGCAGUUCUUCCACGACCGCCUCUCCCUCGCCAGACACCAGAACACCCACACUGGCUGAGAACACAAGUGGAAGGUCGGACAGCCUUUCCUGGGACCUGACCCUCACAGCAAAUCCACAGCAACCCAUAGUAACGUCAGAAGGACACUUAGCUUGGCUUGUACACACUGACUUUUAACCUCAGAUAACUUGGACUGGAAAGGAACCGGAGGCGGUUCCAUUGGUCUUACCUCUUUCCCCAUCAUACACCAGUGCGUGCAUGUGGGGAAGCCACAGCACAUCCCUUCCCUUUCAUCCUAGUGACCAGGUUGAGGGACAGUCCUAGGAGAGCUGAGACUACAGAAAUAGCCCCAACCAAAUGAUACUUCUGUAACCUAUAUAUAACUUUCCUGAGCUGUAUAUAAAAUAGCAAAUCAUAGCAAACAGUAGUCACAGGUACUUGGAUUUAAUGAUACAGAGUUACAGUUUACUGUGCAGAGAUACCUCCGUGGUAUGCUUUGAUUUUUUUUUUUUUUUUGGAAGAGGAAAUGAGCAACACACUUGUAAAUAUCUUAGUUCCUGUGAAAGAUUUGUUGUGCAUUAUUUUAACCCCUUCAGUAUCUUUCUGAGUAACUGUGUUGUCCCUUACUCUUAAAUAUUCCUGUCAAGGUGUAGGCAUGCAAGAUAAUGUCCUUUCCUCUGUGCCGUUCGAAAGGAGUUCUUUGAGCUUCCUUUUCAGCCAUCUCGUCUACACCAAUACCUUGGAACCUAAUGCUGUAUACGCCUUUGCAAUUUGUGGAUUGACCUUUUGUGACCCAAGUUGAUCCCUUGCCAUAUUGUACCUUGCAGUGAUUCUCAUGCAAAAAUACUGCAAGUUUGUGUUUGUUUAACCAACUUAAUGUGUGCUCGAGAGUGAAUCCACAAACGCCAAGCUUUUCCCUGUAAAUCUUGCUUCUUUGCCUUUAAGAGAGUGGGUUGCAACCAUCACUAGAUCGCGACAGUGCCUAAUGAAGGUUGAAACCGUCAGGAGAGCCUCUCCUGUUGUAAAUAUGGAUGCAGGUGACAACUGUCAUCACUUUUUGUGCGCUUUCUGCCUUAAGUGACACGUAGCAGCGUGGCUUUGUUAGUGUGUGCCGCCACGAGUCAGCUUGCACCUGGGCGCCCAGGAGCUUGUACCCUUAGAGCUUUCUAUUACCGAACCUAAUUCUUGUCUUCACCUGUCUGACCCUCAGCCCCGUGUCUAACUUGCAUUUUUUUAAAAAGAAAAGCUUUCUUUACAGUCAACCUAAGCUUAACAUGGACUCAGGUUCCCAGCGCCUUAAUUUGUUUUGUUACCAUUGUUCUCUCCUCGUUCAGCCCUCCUGAGUAGUUUUGAUCUGAUUCCAUUUAUUACAGAUCGACCUCACAGCUUGCGGUUUCCUGUGUCUUGUUCUGUGGGCCACUUGUGCUCCUUUUGCUUCCCCUCCCCCCUGCGUCUUGACUAUUGAGAUUUUUUUCUUUUUUUUUUUUGGCUUUGAGUUGACUGGAAUUAUAAUUUUAAAAUUUAAAAAAAAUGUAAAGUGGAUCUGAUGAAGAAGUGAACAAAAGAUAAGAGCAGAUCAUUUGAGAAAGAAAAUGCCAAUGCUUUCUUUGGGAAUGUGCCCAAAUCUCACUCUCCUAGAUCUGCAUGGUUAGGGCUGGAGGAGAGUGUCAGAGCUGCUGGGAGUGCCAAAGCCCGGAGCGGUUGUGGGGCUGAGGGCAUGGAGCAGAACGGAGGAAGCCAAAGAAAGGAGUCCUAACCCAGCAGCAGACCGGGAGGGUGAGGAAGCAGGCAGAGGGAAACACCGGAAAUGGACUGGAAGGCCAGGUCGCUGAGAAUAUGGCCUGGGCACUUUAGUGGGGGCCAUCUGGAUGGUACAGUGGAGGCGAGGGCCAGCUGCAUCGAAAGACCGGAGGUUGGAACGGACAUCCGGAAAAAUGGGAGCAGUGAGGCUGCAUCCGAGCAGGGCCCUUGAGAAGGGAGCCAUUGCUGAUGUUGGGGCCAACUCGGGUUCAUCCCUGUUGGCAGCAUCAAUUGGUAGCUCCUUCUCAGAAAGCAACUUGCCAAAUGUGAGGGUGUCCGUUCCAACCUUGUGUUCGUGAAAAAUUAGGAACAACUUUGAUGCCAAACAAUAGAAUGAUUAAGCGAACAUAUCUGAUUCUUACUCAGCUGUUUUAAAAAUGAUAAUCAUGCAGAGUUAUGUAGUAGCGUGGAAAUAUAUUUACAGAAUAUUAAGUGGAAAAAGCAGGACACAGAAUUAUAUUUAUACUACAAUUAUAACUGUUUAAAAAUGUAUGCUUUUAAUCAACAGCUGUUGUGUUGUAGGCUUCUAGUUGAGCAUUAUUUUUCUUAAAUUCUUUGAUGUUCUUAAUGGUAGUGUUGUUACUAAAAAGUUUGUAGUCAUGUCUCCAUUGUGAACAAAAUUUGAACUCAUUAUCAGAUACUUGGAAAAUACAGAAAAGUGGAGGAAAACAAACAAAUCAUAUUCCCACCAUCCAAAGACAGAUACACUCUUUAGUAUAUUGUUUCUUGUUUCUGUGCACAGGCUUAUGAUUAUAACUGUGUCAAAAUGUGUAUUCAAAGUUGAUGUUAUGUUACCUUGGUUUUCAAAUGUUCCUUAUUAAUAGUGUUCUGAUUUUAAAAAGUUUAUUAUGCUUCUAUUACAAGCAUAAUACAUACCCAGAGGAAAAAAUUGGAAGAUACAGUAAAUUAGAAAAGAAAAAAACAUCACUCAUAUUCCCAACACCCAACAACUGAAUAUCUUGAUCUGUUUCCUCCAUCUUGUGCACAAACUUAUGGUGAGUGUUGAAUAUGUAUGCAUCAAGUCUACAGUGAUAAAAAGUGGAGAAUCAUUAACAUAGUAUUGUUGUUGUGGAAUUAUGGUUAAAUAUUUUGUCUCAAAUUCCUUGGGUGAUCUUUGGUGUUUUGCUAUUAAAUCUUAUGUAUGUAUUUUCCCAUUGCAAAUAUAAUACUCAGAAUUUGGGGGAAUUCAAUCAAAUAGAAAAGAAAUCCACCCAUAUUCCCAGCACCUAACAGCUCCUAUUAACAUCUGUCUGUACACCAGUCUGUGAUUGUUAGGGUGUUAAUGAUAAGUAUGCAUAGAGUCAAAGAUGGGAAGAAAUAUGGAGAGUAAUUAAGAAAUAGGUGUGUGGUUGUGGGAUUACGGUUAAGUAUUUUGUCUUGAUUUCCUUGAAUGAUCUUUAUCAUAGUGUUUUGGUAAUUCACCUUUAUUAUAUCUAUUUCCAUAGUAAUCACACCGUGUGUUCAUUAUAGAAACUUUGACGUCGCAGAAAUGUAGAAGAGAUACACCCAUAUUUUCAUCAUCCAAAGACUGUGGUUAACAUCUUGAUAGAUUUUUUCAUCUUGUUUCUGUGCACAGGUUUUUGGUUUGUUAAUAUGGUUGUGGUCGUUCUACCUAUCUGUAAUAGUGUCACCAAUAAAAAUAAAGUUAAAAAUAAGA